UUAACUCUCAUAAGUCAUAUUAUUAACCCAAUCGUUUCAAGCAGCCGAAGAGAAGAGAAGAGAAGAGAGAGACAGACUCCUUCCCAAAAAAAAAAAAAUCAUUCGUGUCUCUUCCCUCAUUCACAGAUUCACUACUAAAAAAAAAACCACAACAAUGUCGAAGAAGAAGAAACAGAGUCUAUCAAUGGAAGAAGAGCACUGUGCUAAAGGCAAAGGCAAGAACGAAGAUUCCUAUUUCGAUAGAAUUGACUACGAAGUUUCUUCAGUCUUAUUGCAACUUUCGCAUCCUGUUGUAUUCUCCUCCUCCUCCUCUUCUGAUUUUUCUCCUCCUUUGUUCCAUAAAUGGGGUCGCACUAAAAAGAGGUCUUCGUCUUCUUCUUCUUCGUCUCCUGUGAUAAAAUCGGUCGGCGAUUUGGGAAGUAAUUCGAGUUCUUCGUGCUUAACCGGUGAGGCCAAGAAAACCAAUUCUCAAACCAUUAAAAAAGGUUUAGAAGAAGAAUUCUUUUGUACGAAAAACCAGACAUCAUCUUCUCAGUUUAACACAUCCUGUUCUGUUCUCGAGGCGGAGAUGGGUUUACUUAGGGCGCAAGUUGGGUUAAUAGCCCAGCCCAUUAGAGUUGAUUCAAAUCUGCGACCGUUGAUAUCUGUUCAUCGUACGGUUAACGUGAGUGAUAUCGAACGACGUAGCGGUAUUGAUCUGAACCUUCUUCCAGCUGCAGAGGAAGGUGCUAACGAACUCUUCCCAUUGGUUGGUUUUGAGAGAGUGACAUCAUCAUCAUCAGCAAGUAAAAUCCAAGCAGCUGCUCAAGCAAGACAAAGAAGAUUAGGUUUGAUUCGAUCCAAGAAGGUUUACACUAGAUUCAUCCCCUCGUACCAACUCAAGUAGGGAUUGGUAAUUUUUUCUAAAUUGUAACCUUUUUUAUUUUCUUUUUUUUGGGAGCUUUCUCUACCUUCCUAGUGCCUAGAUAUAUAUCAGAAAAAUGUACUAGGAUUUUGAUACGAAUAUUCUCAACCAAAAUUGCAAGUUUCCAUUGGGAAAAAUGCAAAAGUAUUGGUUGUGUAUAAUUUUAUAAAUGCAGUUUU